UCUGGGUCGGCUCCUCGCUCCUGCUCGCAUUUUAUCGCAGGCGGCCGGCACAGCCCCCUUCUCUCCCUCCGUCCCCCGCCCACAGCCGGGGUGGAGGCAGCCGGAGCGGACGGCAUCGCUCCGCCGGGCUCCGCGCCUCUCCGCGCCCCUCCGCGGGGCCAUGCAGCGCCCCUGCCGCCCCGCCGCAGCCUGAGCGCCCCGCGGGGGCUCCGCCCGGCGUGGGACGGGGCUGCCGGAGGCACCCGAGAGCUCGGCGCGACUCCCUCGCUCGCCGCCCCGACCAUGGGGAAGGGACUGGAGGGGACGGCGGCCCGCUGCGGGCUGGGACUGGGAUACCUGCUGCAGACCGUGGUGCUCCCCGCCCUGGCCAUCCUGGGCGCCAGCCGCCCCGGCUCCGCGGCGCAAGAUGAUGAUUUUUUUCAUGAACUUCCAGAAACUUUUCCAUCUGAUCCUCCAGAGCCAUUGCCUCACUUCCUUAUCGAACCCGAAGAGGCUUACAUUGUGAAGAAUAAGCCCGUGAAUCUGUACUGUAAAGCAAGCCCAGCCACGCAGAUCUAUUUUAAGUGCAACAGCGAAUGGGUUCAUCAGAAGGACCAUGUGGUGGAUGAGAGAGUAGAUGAAACCUCUGGUCUGAUUGUCCGGGAGGUAAGCAUUGAGAUUUCCCGCCAGCAAGUUGAAGAACUGUUUGGGCCUGAAGAUUACUGGUGCCAGUGCGUCGCCUGGAGCUCUGCAGGCACCACCAAGAGCCGGAAAGCCUACGUCCGCAUUGCAUAUCUACGGAAAACUUUUGAGCAAGAGCCCUUGGGGAAAGAAGUCUCAUUGGAACAAGAAGUCUUGCUCCAGUGCCGUCCCCCUGAAGGCAUUCCGGUAGCUGAGGUUGAAUGGCUGAAGAAUGAAGAGGUGAUAGAUCCAGUGGAAGAUCGAAAUUUUUACAUCACCAUUGAUCACAACUUGAUCAUCAAGCAAGCUCGGCUUUCUGACACAGCCAACUACACUUGUGUCGCCAAAAACAUUGUGGCCAAAAGGAAAAGUACCACUGCAACUGUGAUUGUCUAUGUGAACGGAGGCUGGUCUACCUGGACUGAGUGGUCAGUGUGUAACAGCCGGUGCGGCAGAGGCUUUCAGAAGCGUACGAGGACAUGCACCAAUCCUGCCCCACUCAAUGGUGGUGCUUUCUGUGAGGGCCAGAGCGUCCAGAAAAUAGCCUGCACCACUCUCUGUCCAGUGGAUGGCAAGUGGACAUCCUGGAGCAAGUGGUCCACUUGUGGCACAGAGUGUACCCACUGGCGCCGAAGGGAGUGCACGGCCCCGGCACCGAAGAAUGGGGGGAAAGACUGUGAGGGGCUGGUGCUGCAGUCCAAAAACUGCACCGACGGUCUCUGCAUGCAGGGUUUCAUUUAUCCUAUUUCAACUGAACAGAGAACCCAGAAUGAAUAUGGAUAUUCUUCUGCUCCUGAUUCAGAUGAUGUUGCUCUCUACGUCGGGAUCGUCAUAGCCGUGAUCGUUUGCUUGGCCAUUUCCGUGGUUGUGGCCCUGUUUGUCUAUCGCAAGAACCACCGUGACUUCGAGUCAGAUAUUAUCGACUCCUCAGCACUGAAUGGCGGAUUUCAGCCUGUUAACAUUAAGGCUGCAAGGCAAGAUCUCUUGGCGGUACCACCAGACCUCACUUCUGCUGCAGCCAUGUACAGGGGUCCUGUUUAUGCCUUGCAUGAUGUCUCUGAUAAAAUCCCAAUGACCAAUUCUCCUAUCGUGGACCCACUGCCCAACCUGAAAAUCAAGGUUUUUAACACUGCUGGUGCAGUCACUCCCCAGGAUGACCUCUCUGACUUCUCCUCCAAGCUGUCCCCACAGAUUACACAGUCUCUGCUGGAGAAUGAGACCCUGAACAUGAAAAACCAGAGCCUUGCUCGGCAAACAGACCCAUCAUGCACUGCAUUUGGGACCUUCAACUCUUUAGGAGGUCACCUAGUAAUUCCCAAUUCAGGAGUAAGCUUGCUGAUCCCUGCAGGGGCCGUUCCACAAGGGAGAGUCUAUGAAAUGUAUGUGACAGUUCACAGGAAGGAAAAUAUGAGGCCACCUGUAGAAGACAGCCAAACCCUGCUGACACCGGUAGUGAGCUGUGGCCCACCAGGAGCACUGCUAACCCGGCCCGUCAUUUUAACUAUGCACCACUGUGCAGAACCAAACACAGAGGACUGGCAAAUCCAGCUGAAGCACCAGGCUCCCCAAGGACCAUGGGAGGAUGUGGUGGUGGUUGGGGAGGAAAACUUCACCACGCCAUGCUAUAUCCAGCUGGACCCAGAGGCUUGCCAUAUCCUGACAGAAACCCUCAGCACAUAUGCCUUGGUGGGACAGUCAAUCACCAAAGCAGCAGCCAAACGUCUCAAGCUGGCCAUCUUUGGACCACUGUCUUGCUCUUCGCUGGAGUACAGCAUCCGGGUCUACUGCCUCGAUGACACGCAGGAUGCCCUUAAGGAGGUCCUCCAGCUUGAGCAGCAGAUGGGUGGGCAGCUUUUGGAGGAACCCAAAGCUUUGCAUUUUAAAGGAAGCACCCAUAACCUCCGCCUGUCCAUUCAUGACAUUGCCCAUUCUCUCUGGAAGAGCAAACUGCUGGCUAAAUAUCAGGAGAUUCCCUUUUACCACAUCUGGAGCGGAUGCCAGAGGAACCUGCACUGCACCUUCACGCUGGAAAGGUUCAGCCUGAAUACCGUGGAGCUGGUAUGCAAACUCUGCGUGCGGCAGGUCGAAGGAGAAGGGCAGAUCUUUCAGCUCAAUUGCUCUGUCUCAGAGGAACCUACUGGCAUUGAGUAUCCUAUGGACUCAGCAGGCACCGUCACCACCAUAGUAGGGCCCAGCGCUUUCAGCAUCCCCCUCCCGAUAAGGCAGAAGCUGUGCAGCAGCCUGGAUGCACCCCAGACCAGGGGCCACGACUGGCGGAUGCUGGCCCACAAGCUGAAACUGGACAGGUACCUAAAUUAUUUUGCUACAAAAUCAAGUCCCACCGGGGUGAUUCUAGAUCUCUGGGAAGCCCAAAAUUUCCCUGAUGGCAACCUAAGCAUGCUGGCAGCAGUUCUUGAAGAAAUGGGAAGACACGAAACUGUUGUUUCUUUGGCAGCAGAAGGAAAUUACUGAUGCAGCCUUGGUGUGAACAGGAAGGACAGACGCAGGGGGUGGUAGUGCCCUGUUAUUACAAAUGAGAAUUGAAAUGAAAAAACAGACCAAUGAGUUACACAAGAGACAUUUCAGAGAAGCAAGCAAGCAAAGAAAAAAGAAAAGAAAAAACAGCCCUGACCUUCAGACAUGCUUUCCUUGUACAUUAUCACAGGAUCUAAAAGAAAUCAUGCAAAGUUGUACCUUGAAAAUACAAAUCAACCUAAUGUUCCUCUCGGCUUGGCUGUACACUGCUUGGUACAGGAUUUUACAGUUUCCUAGGAAACGCUUUUUAUUGCUAUCCAGAUAUAUGGAUAAACUUUCUUAACAAUCCCAGUUUCUAUGGAUGUUGUUUACAUCAGAUUCUGGACAGGGGUAAGGAGACUGUCCAUGGCUCUUUAUAUUUUUUGUUUAAAGCCAUUCUAGACAAGGCUAUGGACAGUUGAUUGUGGCUAUUUCAGCUUAUUGGUUUCUGGUGAAUUUAGAUUUUUGGCUACAAUUCUGCACAUUGAUUGUCUCACAAUGAUCCUCCUGUCAUUGUUCUGUUUCCUAGACCUACCUGUAAAAAAAAAAGAAAAACCAAGAAAAUCAGUGUUUUAAAAGGUAUGCAUCUGGAAAGCAGGUACUCUGGGUGCUAAGCAGGAACACACUUAACAUCUCCUUCCUUCCCCAAGGCAGUCCCACUGAACAUGUGUGGAAAACAGCUGUAGGACAGUGGGGAACACGGGGUUGGAGUUAAUGUUCAAUUCACAAUGUAACAACAACCUUUCCACCCCUUUGCGUUUUGCCAGAUAUGCAAUUCAGAGUGGUUAGGUGGAAAAAAAGAAACCCAGAAAAGAAUAAAAAAGAAAAGUUGCUAUAAGAAUUAUUUACUAAUUAGUAUAUAGUGCAAGGAUUAUAAUUAUAAUUAUUAUUAUUAUUAUUAUUACCAUUAUUACUUUAUUUCUAAUUUUGUCAGCACCAGAAUGAAUCAUUCCUGGUUUUAUGGAACCUGUUGUCCCUUUUCUGAAGGUCUUCUCAGACACAUCCCUGUGUAUGGUCUCUGUUUUUCCCUUCUCCAGCCAUCAUACUCCACUUCCAAAGUGCUCUGCUAGCCCACAAGGGUUGCUCACCUUGAGUUAGCAUUGCUGUGCUUCAUGCCCGGUGCAAAUGGGGUAUAAACUGGUGACGUGCCACUGAAGCCACUAUUCCACACCCACCAAGGAUCCAAGCCAGCACCCUUUCCUGGAAUGUUUUGCACCACCUCUGUGUUUCCACAUGGCUUCAAGAAACAAUCCUGUCUCAUGGUGGCUAUUGAACCAGUGAUGGCCUUCCAGUUCAAGUACACUUAGCCCACUGGUUCGGGAGCAUGGGUGCAAGCACGUAGAGGCAAUGACACUGACCACCUGACUUGUGUGUCCAAGGUGGGCCUCCAUAUGUCUUGUUUUGCUUUGAAGCAGUCUGGGAGCCAGCCACUCCCAUUAGCUUCCUAUGGAGCCACAGGUACUCACUCUAACUGCAGCUGACCUCUUCCCAUAAUGUUUGUGCUGAUCGGGGCUACUGGGAGUCAUCUGACAGGUCAUUUCUGGGUGACAUGAACUCAGCAGGUCUCUGCUGCUCUUCCCGAGCUUGCCGCAGCUAGGGAAACCUCUGCUGCACAAGCUGAUGUAGGGUGGUGGAGUCGUGAAAUGGAAAUCCCAUGCUCUGCAGUUUGCUGCCUGCGUUGCACUCCCUCCACUGCCUGGACAGGGCAGGGCAUGUGCUCACUGCCUGAGGGGAUGUUUGUCGCUCUUGGCCACAUCAGUCUUGGCCGCCACCAAUGGGUAGAGUAGGAACUUGACAAAAGAAGUGCACUUUUUCUUACUCUUUCAGUUAUCACUGCAAACAUCUUUUAUUUUCUGCUCAGUGAAAAGACUGACUUUUUGGUACGUGACAGCACAUGAGAUCGCAGUAGUUUUGCUGCCAGGCUUGUCUUCCUGCAAAGAAGGCUUUCUUACUCAGCCCAUUUGCUCCAGAAUGCCAGCCAAGCUCUGGUUAUUGCUGUUGUACACACACACAUGCCCCUGCUCACGCUCAUAUUCCCACUUCAUCUGCUUCCCAAGACUAGAGUUGUUCAGUUUUCUUUUGUGUUUCUGGGUUUGUUUUUUUUCCCCCUAAGGCUUUCCAGAUUGUGCCUUUAAAGGUAACUUUGAAAAUGUCAUUGGUCAAAAUGAAAGGAAAAUUUCCUCUGACCUUUUUCCCAUUUGACAUUUGCAUAGGCUUGGGACUUUUUGGGUUUAAUUUCUCAGCUCCCUGACACUGACAGGGUUUUGAUUGGCUGAUGGGCAGUGAUCACAAAGCAUUCCCUUCCUCAUAAAAGGUAACCCAGCAGUUUGCAAACCAGCAUUUCAGUGAAAAUCAGACCAGACAUUUUGAAUUUCAACACCUGCCUGCAUUUUGCCUCUGUAAGCUCUGCCUUCUCUGAAUGUGGAGAUACCAAGGGUGUAGUUUCCACAAACAACUACAUCUUUUUUUCACCUUGGGCAUUUGAUACAGCCCAUUGCAAUGCUGAUGGAAACCUUGCUUUCAACUUCAGGAGAUUUCAACUGGGACUUAUAGCUCUGCCCUUUCCCUACUUUUUUUUUUUUUUUUUUACUCACCUUGGAGCUCUAAAAGGGCUCUCAAAAGAUAGGUCUCAGCUUUUCUCUCUCCUGUGCUACCUUCAGGUGUAAUCAGUUGUACUUAGUUCAUGUUUUGCAUCCUUCUUGCAUGACUUCUUCCAAGGCAGGUGCAUGAGCUGAACUGUCCUUUGGCCCCUUCCCCUGUUUGGCUCGGUCUUUGCUAGGUUUUUGGUACUUCAGGCUUUUGGGUUUUGCUUGGUGGGCAGCAUGUGCACCCUUCUCAGAGGGACCUUGCCGAAAGUGUCUUGUAGUUAUUGGUAUCGCUACAAGGCGAUGCCCCUUUUGCGAGCUCUUUGACCUACUUCCUGAUGCCUCCUUCAAGAGAAAAGAGAUGAGCAACUGUCUUAAAAUAUUCUGGGACAUUGUCCUUUUGCAGAGUCACUGUAAGGAGGGUUUAUUGAGGGGAAAAGACAUGCUCUGAUUAAGAUGAGCAUCCACAGAGGUAGAUGACAGUCAAGAACAUAAAAUCAUAGAAUAGUUAGGGUUGGAAGCGACCUUAAAGAUCAUCUCGUUCCAACCCCCCUGCCAUGGGCGGGGAAGCUUUGCUAGGAAGUGGAGUUGCUCUUCUUCCAUCCCCACUGCUCAGAAAAUUUCCCUUGCCUACUGCAAUCACAGGCUGGAUGUUUUUUCCACCCCCUGCUCCAUCAGCUUUUGCAGGGGCCCAAUGUGGUGCCAUGCAAGCUGUCCCAGCUCUGAAUGGGCAGGGAGAAGUUGCUAGGGAUGGGGACAUUUUCUGUGCAGAUUCACACCUCAUCCCAGGAGCUCCAUGCUCAUGCUUCGCUCACCCCUGCUAGUGGCAGCUCUCACCUCACUUGAUGCCCUCCCUGCAUUAAUUUUGCUCAGUUAUUUUCUUUUUUUUUUUUUUUGGGGGGGGUACCAUGCAAUGAGGGCAAGCAGCUGGGGAGAGGGCUCUGGGACGGGCCAGUGGUAAGCACUCCUCAGCAUCCCCAUCCUAAUACCCCAAGGAGGGAGGGUGGGAAGCAAGGGUAGCCAGAUCCACUCACGAUAUUAUUUUUGUUGGGAGAAAACCCAGCAGCGGUUCCUCCACCUGGAUUGCGUGGACACAGUGCCAUCUCGUGGGACUGAGCCCCAGCUCCAACCCACCACUGCUGCAUCAGCAACAGUGCCUGGGAAAAGGCUUUCCCAUGGGGCAGCUCUUGAAAAUGGCAAAUAAUUUUGGCAGGCAGCAAUUAAUCUUAAAAGUUUUUGUAAUAUUUGAUGUCAGGUAAGCACAUCUGCUUUGAAAAGAAAAAUGGCUGCAGGCUUCUUAUCCUCCAGUUAUUACUGAUUUUUCAAAUGCUUAUCCUUUUAAUUGUCCACUUGCAGCUAUGUGCUUUAGCAGUUUUGCUGCUCUUCACAUCAUCUCUUCAUUACAUGCUGAUCACUAGUGUUAUAAAUAAUAUAUAUAUAAAAUAUCUACUGACUUCAAGGAAAACCUGUAAUUUCUGAGUAAGAAACACUAUUGGAGGCAGUCUUUUUUCACCUGAUUUUUAUUUUUAAGUUCUUCUUGUAAAGGUGGCUGUCAGUGUAUAUAUCGGGUAAGUUUGGGGGUUUUUUUCCAAAUUUUCUGGUCACACUGUAUCUCACUAAAUAGUACGAGAUCUAAGUGCUGUUUUACAGACUCAAAAGUUUUGAGGCAUUGAGGGGCUCUUCAGUCAAGAUUUGCUUCCAUGGGAGACCAAGACUCUUUCAUAGCACUGACAGAAAUGCAGACACUCAUAAGACAUGGUGGAGUUUGGGAUGCCCACAGAGCAAAACAUGUCUGUUCCUUGGGUUUCUUGCUAUUUCUGUUGCGUACAUAUAGAAUAAAUGUAUUUACAUGGUGUAAACCUGUCAUUGUAGACAGCGUCCUAAUGUCUUGUAUUGCUACCUACAAUAAUUUCUUUUUUGUUCUCUUUUUCUUCUUGUUUUGGAGGGUGGGGGGUGUAGGGAAGAGGGUGGGGGAGGGGCCUAGAUCGUUGUAUGCUCUAGCCGCGUAGUUACCACAGCUCUGAGGUUAAUCUUAAACAAGAUGAUACUGUUGAGGUUGCAUUUUUUUAAUCUUGUGUGCAGGGCACUUGCAAACUGUCUUACUGAGUGUUCAGAUGUUAUUUCAGGUAUUACUGCGCUCUCAUCUGGCCAUGAAGUAACUAAUUGCUUGCAGGCUGGCUUGCUUAAUAUCAGAUGGUGCGAAGAUGCAAGUGGUUUGUGAAUGAAAAGCAAACCUUUGGCCCUUCUCCCACAAGGACUCCAAUGAGAUAUUGACUUUGGAGUCACCACUGCAAUCCAUUCCUAGCUUGUAUGUGAAACUUUUGAGUUCAUCAAAAGAGCUGCGCUGCAGAUUUUUUUAAUGCUGAAGCAUGUAUCUCAGACACCCUUUGAAGUGGGAAUUUUACAGAAAUGCAAAGUGAGUGAGUGUGUGUGGAUACACAUACAGACAGAGAGGAGAAAAUAAAGGACACCUACUGCUGGAGGCUUUUAGCUCUGAUGUUAGUUGUGGGCGUCCUCUUAUGAUAAAAUUUUGCUUGGGAAGGUGAAGGUCAAAAUUCAGUGCUGUAUCAUCACUGCAAGGUCAAACAGGCAGUACAUCAAGAGCCAGCUGAGUAAAAUCUGGCAAAGAACUAGAAUUGGACUUGAACCAAACCCACAGAAAUGAGCCCUCAAGUUUUGUAGGUCAAGCUCCUCGCUUGAAACAGGAGCAUUUAGUUUGUUUACUUACUUGUCCUUUAAGCUUGGCACCUGCUCCCUGAAAUUUGAAAAUCCUUUUACCUGAAAGUACUUUGAUAAGCUCUGCCUGUACAAAAAAAAAAGCAAUGAUAAUCCAGAGUUUUUACAAACCUCUAUCACUGAAUAGGUAUUUCACAUUUCCUGUGAUGGUGGUUAAAUGUACUUAAUAGUGGUUCAAUCUCCUCAACUGUUUACAAAGAAGUUAAUUGCUGUGUGUGCUCUACCCUGGGCCUGCCCUUUUCUCCAAAAGCAUCCCAUGCCAUGGCACGCAAGUAACUGCUAGGUGCCAGUGAAGGGGCAGGAUGUAAUCAGGCAGGGCCCUCCUGCAAUGGUGAGGUGUUGGCACUCUGGUCUCCAGCUGCCAGCUUGCAGCUGGUGGCACAAUAGCCCCUAGAUGAGAAAAGUGUGUGCAGCCCCCAGAGCUUCUUUGGCUGCUGCCAGCUGGCUCUUGCUACAGCUUACCAGUAAAUUUGGGAGCUUAAAUGAUAUGAAUAAAAAGUGAAAUCAGUCUGGAAAGUAAAUAAAAUUAGGAAGAAGGAGAAGUAAAACACUUUUCUCCCAUUGUUCUUGCAAGGCACCUUGCAAAAACACCCCUCAAGCCAUGAGCCAAUAACAUACUCUAAUGCAGGGUAUGUAACACAGCUGAGAUAGAGAAGUCAUGGCAUUACCUGACAUUCCUAUUUUGGCACAUCUGUGUGGUAAACUGUUUUGCUAACGCGUGUUCUGUCUGUUAAUGUUGAAGAGUAAAAAAAAAUAAGUUAAUACAGCACCUUUGGUACCUUUUCAAAGCAAAGAGCGAGUGUCCAUAGGAAAUGAAACGUCUCUGCAACCCUGGCUAAGAAGGUGUAUCACAUUUCCCCCUCCUCUUCCCAUGUCUCAGCUCUGCCAGGGUUCAUGGGAUUUGUUUUCUUUGUUAUUCAGGUCUGGAGAAGUAUUUUGGUUUUGAUUUCCCUAUUGCUGUAUCUUCUAUGCAAUUCCUUUUCUAAAGACUGACUUACUACCAGAGAAGUGCUAGCCAUUGCAUUAUUUGUAUUGCUGUACAGUGGAGGUGUGGUUUACUAGUACUGAGUGUGCCUCUUACCCCCCUCCCUUUUUCUCCUUCCCUCUGUUUGUAAAUGCCUGCAUUUAUUCUGUCAGCCUGACAUGUACAAAGUGUAAGAAAGAAUUUUUAAACAGGUAAUAAAUUAUAUUUAUAAGCAACUGAAAAAAAAAAAAA